GACGUAAAGUUUCAAGAAAAAACCAUGUGACCCACUUUUCCUUCCUCUCCCCUACACCAAACGCUGAACUCCAGUCAAGUUACAUUAACAUCAGCGCCCCCAACGGCAAAUAUUAUAAAUACAGUGGAAGUGUUGUGAAUGUGAUGCAUUCUCUACUAUCGAUAAUGCUGAUUUUUCAUCAAUAAUGAGCUUUUCCAAUGAAAAUUAAGCUAGACGGUUAUGUAAAUAAGAGCGAAGAAGUGUAGCGAGUUGCCGAAAGCCGGCUUUAGUGCUGAAAAGUGGCCGAAUUUUCCUCCGAGCCCGCAAUGAACCGCUUUCCACGGCUGUAAAACGCGCAUUUCCCUUCCAUUGUGCAUCGAGUUCAAGUCGUUUGUAACCAAACAAUACCAACUGUGCAUUUGCUAGAUCACUAUAACCCACGACAAUGUCCGAAAGCGAGCAGCUCGACCUUGCGCCGCCCCCGCCGCCGCCGCCGGAAGCCGAACCGCCCGCUCCACCUCCCGAGGAGCCCCAGAACGGCGACGACAAGCCCCCAACGCCGCCCGAGGAGCCCCCACCGCCAAGUGAGUCCCCUGACGACACCAGCACCCCCAAAACCAGCCGCGAGCUCAAAUCCAUUCUCGCUUUGUCUAAAGAGGCGAAGCUAGACACCAAUCUGUCAACAAACAGACGCAAAACGCUAGACAAAGUCAAGGGCACGCCGAAAAAAUCACCCAAAAUGACGAGUUUUCCUGUUACAGCCGAGAGCGAGCUGGAAAAUUACGACGUGAAAAUCGACGAGAAAAAAGCGAAGAAACGAAAAUCGAGCUUCGGAGGCGAAAGCGGGGCAGAGGGCGCCACCGCCGAUGAGGCAAGGAGGGGGCUGCAGUUUUAUAACAACGAUUUUAUCAUGGCAAGGAAGCCCAACAAAGACAUCUUUUGCUGGCGCUGUCACCACGAUGGCGUCCAAGUGGCAUGCGAGACGUGCCCCAGGGCGUACCAUCUUAGGUGUCUCAAACAGACAAUCACAGAUUUGGAGCACUGGCCAUGUCCCGAAUGUGUUGCGAUACUUAAAGCUGAAAAUACACAAACCAGGUCGAAAGCUAUGAAAGGAAUGUCUCUCGAACACCUAUGUAAUUUGCUCAAAUUUGCUGUGAAGAGGAUGAUACAAUGCAAUGGGUCUGAACCGUUUAUUCAUCCUGUCGACGAAAAACAGUUUCCUGAGUAUAGAAAUUACAUUGUCCAACCCAUGACUUUGACCAUGUUGGAGAAGAAUAUUAAGGAUAAUGCGUAUGGAAGCACGCAAGCUUUCGAGUCAGAUGCUAAGUGGAUUUUACAUAACAGUAUCAUCUUCAAUUCAUCCUUUCCAGAUCAAUCCAAGCUCACAACCGCUGCCAAAACAAUCGUCAAAAUUUGCAAACAAGAAAUGGCCGAAAUCGAAAAUUGUUCCUCCUGUUACCUAAACGCCAACACGAAAAAACACACCUGGUUUGUGGAAGUCUGUCCUAAGCCCCAUCUUCUCGUUUGGGCGAAACUCAAAGGAUUCCCUUAUUGGCCUGCUAAAGUCAUGUCGAUUAACUCAGCCGGUAUGGCAGACGUUCGAUUUUUCGGCGCCCAUGACAAAGCCUGGGUCAGUGUUAAAGACUGCUACUUGUAUUCUGUCAAAGAUCCCAAUUCGGGUAAACAAAAACGAAACGAUAUCAUCGAAUGCGUCAAAGAACUUGAGUUGUACGUGGAUAAUUUGCGAGAGAUUUACGGACGAGUGAAUUUCGCACCGUUUAAAACGCCACUUGAGGCUGACACACAGAUGAGACAGUUGCAAGUGUUUUUGCCGAAUUAUAAAACUGACGGAAAGGAAAUUGUGAAAAAGGCGAAAAUCGAAAAGACUAAGGAAAGUGUAGGUGGUUCUGAAGGGGGUCACAGUGAGGAGAGUAGCGAAGAAGAGGAGAAUGAAGAAGAAGAAGACGAGGAAGAUAAUAAGGCGAAAAGUUCGAAUGGGGAUAAGCAGAAAGAGGCGUCCAUGACGAGAAUCGACUAUUGUGAAAGUCCCCCAGAAAAACCCAAACUGGUGGCAAAGCCAAUUAAAACCAUAAUCAUAAGAAAACGUUACUCAAUCGAUAAUCAUCAGGAAAACUCUGCGAAAAUUGCACGAAAAGAGCUGAAUAAAACCGAAACCACUCGAUUGUCUUUAGAUAAUCAUGUUAAACAAAAUUCAACGCCUGAAAAGACAAAUAGUGUUCACCAGGAAGACGAAAAUACUUCGGGUCAAAUCAAAUUGCGGAUAAGUGACGAGCUUAUCAAAAAAUUGGGUGAUUUGGACGAAGACGGCAAUGAAACGAAGAACGAAAAUGAACCCGAGAAAAAGGAAAAUGAAGAAAAGACAAAUGAAUGUGAUGAUAAAAUUGAGGACGAAAAAUCCGAAAUAGAGAUGAAGGAUAAGUCUGAAGAAGAGAAAAUCGAAGAUAAAACGCCGGAAAAAACAGAUAAAUCUGAUGACUUGAAAGUAGUUGAAGAAAAAAAAUCAGAAGAUGUUAAAGAACCAGAUGUAACAAUGGAUUCAAGUAUACGUAAAGAUGAUACUUCAAAGCAAGACGAAAGUAAGAAACGUAAACAUGAAGAAACUAAAAGUAAGGAAGAUGAACCAGAAGAUGAUGCGAGUAUUUUUCCGCCAAAUAAGAUGGUAAAACUUGUACCUAUCGAAAAUAUUUUGCAAAAAAAGGACAUAGUCGAACCUCCGUCAAAUAAACAAGAACAAUUGAUACUUUUGAAAGAAAUACGAGUCGUUAAAGACGGUAAAGAAACUAAAGCCAAGAACCCAAAACCCGAAUCAGACGAUAAAACAUCAAAAGAGCCUCCAAUAAAAAUCAAAAGCGAAAUAGAAUCAGACGACGACAGCGACGUCCAAUACAUGGAAGCGAAACGUCAAUACUUGUCCGCUUUGAACAUUUCCGAAAAACAAAAGGUCCCCACCAAACCUAAAGCACACGAAAUCCGGACGAGAUCGAAAACCGAAGAGAAAAAGAGCCGGAAAGAAGAAAACACCAACAAAUCGAACGAAACGUCCAAAGAAAUCUACAUAAAGUCACUGUCGAAAAUGCAAACACCCAAACACAAAGCACGAAAGUCGUUCCCGACCCCGAACUACGCCAAAAAAACAAUCGUGGCGCGAAAAAUCGUCCCGAAAACGACCCUCGACGACGAAUUAACCAUAGUCAACGCCACAACGUUGCAACCCACCGGAAACGUGAUGAUUUUACCGAAAUUGCAUUACACUAAACCUAUAACUAGAGACUUGAGUAGUCCGCCGAUGUUGACGAUGUUGCCACGUCCGCAGGUCGAUGCCCAUAAUACACAGGCGAAAAAAGCGGUCGAGGGGUCGCAGAAUUACAUCCCUCAGAACGAAGAGGAAGCUAGGAGUGGUGGCUUGAUGUUGAAUAAUUUGUUAACAAGUCAACCGCCGCCACCGCCGGUUAUUGAUGUUGAUAACCAGUCGAAUUCGUUGGAUUCUGAGUUGGGGGCGUUGAAGGAGAUUCUCCCUGAGAAUGUGUCGAAAGGUGUGAGUGAAAUUCUGUGCCAACCGCCACCGAAAUUAAAACCGAAACCUUUGGGGGUGUUGAAUAGUGUGGUGGAGACAGGUGUGCCUAGUACGGCUGGACCGGUGGCGUCAAGGAUCAAUUCGAUGGCUCAAAAGCUUACUGAUUACUUUCGGGGAUUGUUGGUUGAGACGAUUGGUGAUCUGGGCAAGAGUAAUAAUCCGGAAGCGACGAUAAGUACCUUGAAGUAUGAAAUUGAGGAGUUAAACCAUAAACACAGUAUUGAAUUGUCUGAGAUCAGGAGAAACGUAUCGAUUGUGUUGAAGGAUAUCCAGAAAAGCGUAGUGGAAGAGAGGGAGCGGAUUAUCAACGAGACAAAGGCGAAUUGUGAGAUGGAAAUGAUGAAGAGAGUGGAAGAAGCCAAAUCGAAACAGUGGUGUGCCAAUUGCUCAAAAGAAGCCCAGUUCUACUGCUGCUGGAACACCAGCUACUGUGAUUACCCAUGCCAACAGAAGCACUGGCUGAAACACAUGAGUAAAUGUACUCAAAACGUUGGCCAAAAUCAGACAUCAACAACACCCGUCCGGCAGACAUCCCAACAACUUGUAUUAACGCCGACGGCGGCGCCGAAAUUCGGGGCUUUAUUCGCCAAACCGCAGAAAGUUUACCUUAAAAGGACAAAUGCACCGUUUAAGCAAACACCUGGAAGCCACAUAACUCUCGUCGAGUCCACCCCAGGAAACUUCGAACUGUUGGGAAGCGGCCCCAUAGCUGUCAACGGCAAAAUCCUAGCGAGCACAUCAGUGAUUGAAAAAAUCAAGAGUGGUAAUAUAGUGACAGUUACGGCGCCCUCUGGACCCACAAACACACAGUUAACGAGUGCGAAUCAAAAAGUAAAUACGGUUGCGAAAAGUACUGCCAGUUCUUCAGAUAGUGAACAUUGAAUUAUGUGUGAUUGAACUAAGACUGCCAAAUGGUUUUUUCACGUUCGUGUUUCUAAGAUCUGAUAUUACAAAGUUGUUUGUAGUUCGUCAUAGAACUUAUGGUGUAAAAACAAUUAUUUAGUUAUAUGUUAACUCUUUUUAUAACAUGAGUACACGGUUACUAUCACUUUUUUUAUUUAGUGUAUUAUGUAUGUGAAGUUAAAUAAAACAGCUUUAUAUUUUGAAUUGAGAUACAUUACGGUAGAACCCAUGUACUCUUGCUACGAGUUGUCCAGCUGAUCUUACAUUUUUCGGAGUACUGAAUGUUUUCAACUCAAUCACAUCCUACAUCAAUUGCCGACUAAAUGCAAAAUUCACUCUGACAAUGAGUUAGUUAUAACAUUUGAAGGGCAUUUUUCUUUAUCUGGCUUUAUUAUAACUGUAAAUAUUUAAUGCCAUAUUAUGCUGUGCAAAUCAUAAUUCACGGAUAAAAAGGAAUUUUAGAUUUACAAAAAGCAAAGAGAGAGUUUUGCAUCUGAUUUAUGUAAAUAAUUGUAAUGAUCUAAAUACUUAUUUAAUUAAAGCAAACCGAAAUUAAUUAAAACAAUUAAAAAAUGAUUAAGCAGCAGAUAGGGAAAAUGUUGAAACAAAUUUUCACAUGAUGUCAUCCUACUGUUUUAAGUGACAAACCAAAAAGUGGGUUUUGCGCUAAACUCAAAACUUUUAUACAGUGUGAUUCUUAAGGCCCGUCCGGAGCAAGCUCGACCUUCAGAAUUUUACGACACUGGUUCAACUGUCAAGUUGGAAUCGGCAGCAAUCUUAAAAGGCACCCUAUUACGAGCGCAUAAUUUACAACACCCUAACCGCUGGUACCAUUUAUUCAGAAUUUUACGUAGGCGACUGACUUGCCGCAUUUUCAACUCUCAAACGUAAUUUUUUAAGUUUGUAACCAAUCGUGUAUUAGCAAUAUUAUCUUGUAGUUCUAUUAUUUAUAAUAGGUACUCAUUGCAAUUUUAAUUUAGUUUAAAACUAAACGAACAACACUCUAAAACUAAUUAAAAAAUAUAGACAGAAGAAAAAUAAAACUCCGAAACUCGAAAUGUCAGAGAAAUCUACGGAACAAUGUUUCGAAGGCAAAUGAUUUUCACUCACUUGUACUUGCAUUUAUAUGAAAAGGGUUGUUGAGUGUAUUUGCUUGACCCAUAUAACAGACCAAACCAAUAUUAAUUUCCCAAAAAUAGGAGUUUAGGAAGUUUACCAAAAUCAGUUCUUUACUGAAAACUUGAUAAAAUGCUCUAAAAACGUAAAAGUAACAAAAUUUCCAAUUUUUCUCACUUAUCAUAAAACGUGGUAAAUUUAACUAAAUAGAUCAAAGUGACAUCAUAUUUAAAAAAAAUACAAAAUACAUCAAUUCUCAGCUUAAAAUAAUAUAAUUUUCCACGUAAUUAGGUCGCGGUAUCAUGGAAGCGAUGUACUUUUCUAAUUGUGCCGCCUAAGUUUUGAACCCAAGGGCUGCCAGUGACUCUUGUGCGUCCAGGUACACAAAUUCGAGACAAUUAAUCGUUUUUCCUAGAAAAGAGGUGACAAAAACGUUUUUACAGGAAACUCGCUGGAUUAUAUACCUGGUUUGUUACUCCGUUCCCCAAAUAUUUAAAUAUUUAUUUAUCACCGGAGUAAUUAAUGACUGACCAAUAUUAUUUCAAAUGCAUUCUCAUCAAUAAAAUUUCGUCCUUCGUACCAGAAAUAAAAGCAAAACAUUUAUUUAUGUACCUUGUAUUUUUAAGGAAAUCACAAUUCUCAUUUAUUCAAAAGAAUGUUUAUCCCAAAGAAAUUUUAAAAUAUCUUAAAUCUUCUCUUAUAAAUCUAGCCAUGUAUUAGACAUCUGUUUGCAUCGUCAGGGGUGAUCAUAAAUUAUGUUUGAAGUCCGGGUCUAAUUGUUUGCGGUUACUUUUUAUGGGAGAGUUGUAAAUUAUCUAUUGCUCACUCGAUUUUAGAUUGCAAAUAAGGCUACCUCUGUGGAGGUGUUAUUUACAAACAUUUUUUCAUCGGACUUAUUAUCGGGAUAAACAACAAGAAAUUUAUUGGCCAUUUAAAAAAUUCGAAAAAACCUCUUAAAAUGCGUUUUCUAGAAAUCUUUAACUUAAGUCAAAUUUUCUCUACCUUUAUUAGAGUUUGUAGGUGACCUAUCACCUAUCUAAAAUGGCCGAUAAACAGGAAAAAAUAAUCUCUUUUACAUGAUACCAAGUUUAUGAAAAUAUGUUUGAUAGUUUUUGAGGUACAGCGGUAGUCAUUUACAUUGGAACUCCCAUAAGAGAUUUCACUCCGGACGGCUCUUAAAUAGGCCGAGAAACUUCUAUUACUAUUUUCGUAAUAAAAAUAUUUAAAUUUAUGUUGGAGAUCAAACAUACGCCACUGAUAUGCUCCUAAGUAGUAUAAGCACAGUUAGUAGAAAGCAAGAUAUUCAUUUGAUAACAAUAUACUUGACCAAGGCAACAAUGAUCACUAUGUAUUACCGACAAUUAUGAUAAAAACGAGCACAUUUUGUUCUAAUACAAUUAAUUGAAACUCAGGAGCGCCGUAAGUGGCACGGAUUAAAGGGAUUUCUACCCCUACGAAAUGAAAGCGCUAAUGUGCUGCAGAUCGUCUCUACUUAUCCUUGGAAAGUUGUGAUGAAAUUGUGUCGGUCUAUUUAAAAAUUAGCCUGUAUAGUUUUAUUCUAUUAAAAAAUGAAUUUUAUAAAAAAACAAAGAAUCAUGAAAUUACUGUUCAAAUUCUAAAUAUUAAACCGCGGGUAAGCCAUUUUUCGAAUUUUUGGCAAGGAGUGAGUUUUGCAUUUAGCCUGCUCACAUUAAAAAAACAUUUUUUUGUUUUUUUAUUCUAAAGAACAACAGCGUCAUUACCGGUAUUAUCUGGCGCAAAAUCUUCAAGAACAAUAAUAAAAAAUUUGCUUAUCGUUAUCAAUAACAAUCCGUUUGCGUUAAUGUUACACAUUUAUUUUCAAUUUUGGAUAACGUCUUCUAAAAGUUUUUUCGUGUUCUGUUCAGGUGGCAAGAAACAAUACAAUCAACUUAUCGUUUAUUUUUAAUUAUUAUAAAGGUCAACAAUGCACUCGAGCUACAUAUAAUAACAAAUAUCCCAACAAAAAUAUUUAGCCCUUUAAUUGAAAAGUCACUCCGUUUGUAGAUAGCGCAUAGGUUUGCAGUAUAUUAUAAGAACUUUCAUUUUUGAAAUUCAUUUGUUGCUUUAAACAUGAAACGUUUCGCAAUUUUGGCGGUGUGUGUCCUUUUUGGACUUGCUGCAGCUGAGAGUGAAGUUGAAGCUUUAAUUUUGAUUUUUCAUAUUUAAAUUUUUAGUGGAAAUGCGAGUGUGGCAAAUUUUGAGCUCACGGGUUUGCAGGGCUUUCAAGUGCCUUAUCUGCACCUUGCAGUGGUAGGAAUGCAACUCAAUUUUACUUUUGUUCUACCUUCUAUCAAUCUGUUUACGGACUACAAGGGUGACCUUCUUGUCGCAAAUUUGGUCCCGUUUUACGGAGCUGGCAAAGCCAAUGUUCACAUUUUGAACGCUGAAAUUCAAGGAAGUGCACAAACCGAUCUUAGUAAUGGAAUUUCGCUCAAAAAUCUCCGCAUUCAACUUUACGUCGAGUCGGCAACUUUUGACAUUCAUGGAGCUCUAAACAACGAAGACUUCAGCCAAAUUUUGAGCGCUCUUUUGAAUGACUUGGUGCCUUCGUUUAUUGAUAAUCACCAACAAGUUAUUUCUGAUAUUCUUAGUCCCAUCAUAGAAGGGCUUAUCAACGCUAUUUUGAAUGGAGGUGGUUCAUCGACACCUGGGCCAACCACCACCCCAUAAAAGAAUUUGCUACUGCUGAAAUACAUAUUUUUAACUUGGAUUUUUGUUUAUUAAAAUCGAAAAAAGUAAA